AUGAAUAUAUUGAAAAAACGAACUGGAAAGGGUCAAAUAGAAUGGACAACAGAGGCUGAUUCUGCAUUCCAGGAGUUGAAAGUUUGUCUUGGGUCUUUACCCACUCUGACCGCUCCAAUCACCGGAGAAACCAUCACUGUUUAUCUCUCCGCUUCACAUUUCGCCAUCAGUGCAGUACUUGUGGUGCACCGGAACCAAGCACAAAUGCCGGUUUACUACGUAAGCCGCAUCCUAAAAGAUUAUGAAACUCGGUACCCGAUGAUUGAGAAAUUGGCACUUGCAUUGGUACAUGCAUCCAUACGUCUCCGAAGGUAUUUUCAGGCUUUCAAUAUAGAAGUACAGACCGACCUUCAGAUCCAGCAAAUUCUCAGAAAGCCGGAGGUCUCCGGACGUCUCACCAAAUGGGCAAUCGAACUUAGCGCUUUCGAUAUCACCUACCGAACUAGAGGUCCGGUAAAAGGUCAGGCUGUGGCAGAUUUUCUUACGGAAGUACCGACCGGGGAAAGCACCAAAGAAAAGUCCGCCCUCCCGAGGGUAUGGAACCUAUAUACAGACGGAGCUUCCAGUAAAGAAGGGUUAGGAGCCGGUUUAAUUUUGAUAGAUCCGGAAGGAAUAGAAUAUACUUAUGCUCUGCGUUUUGAGUUUAAAACUUCAAACAAUGAAGCGGAGUAUGAGGCCCUUCUCGCAGGACUCCAAACCGCAGCUAAGGCUGGUGCAACCUCUGUACUGGCUCAUGUUGAUUCAUUACUAAUCGCCAACCAGGUCAGCGGAGAAUACGAAGCACGAGAAGAAAACAUGAUCCGGUAUCUAAGCCAAGUUAACAGUUUCAUUUCCUCGUUUGACUCUUGCAAAAUAGUUCACAUACCACGGAGCAAGAACAAAAAGGCGGAUGUUUUAAGCAAGCUUGCAUCCGUAGCAUUUUGUCACUUGUCCAAAGAAGUGUUGGUCGAAACUUUGCAAGCUCCAUCCAUCCAACAGACGGAGUCCGUUAUGUCAAUCUCCGUACAGGAAAGAUCAUGGAUGACCCCGAUCCUAGACUAUCUGAAAGACGGCACACUCCUAGAGGAAAAAGCUCAAGCUCGGAAGCUAAAGGUAAAGGCAUUACAGUAUCAGGUUCACGAUGGGAAACUCUAUCGAAAGACCUUUUUAGGUCCGCUCCUAAAAUGCCUAACACCGGAAGAGACCAGCUACGUCAUAAGAGAAAUUCACUGGGGAAUAUGCGGCAUCCACUCCGGACCGAGGAUGGUCGUAGCCAAAGCUAUGAACGCCGGAUAUUUCUGGCCAGGUGUAACACCCUAG